UUUCCUAUGAUGAAAGUUGGCUUGGAAAGCUUGAGUUCAUUUGCAGGGCGUUUGCAGAGCUGCGUGCGCACAACUCUCUAUGCGUCACUCCCGGGAAAACUUGCGAGAAAAAGAAGCGCGAGAUAAGAACUUGAGCGCGGAGACUGCAAUGUAAUCCUUUUUGUUGUGCUCUGUCAUCUAAAGGGUUUUGUUGCAUUUGACAAUAAUUUCAACCAACUAAAAUGUGCUAAACGUUACGGAACUGCAUGCAGGACGUAGUACUGAACAUUCGAUCGUUGUUCCGCGGAUUUGGGAUUUGAAAACUGAAUCAGCCUGGAAAUGUCCUGGUGGUCGCGCGGGGAAGAUGGCGAGGAGGCGAUGUGUCAGGACACAGACUCAGAUGUAGCUGAGCAGAGAGAUUGCGGGAAAGUCAAGGUGAAGUGGACUCAGGAAGAGGAUGACAACCUCCGAGCCUUGGUUCAGAAGUUGGGACCAAAUGAUUGGAAACGAAUUGCCAGUUAUUUGCCAAGCCGCACGGAGCAUCAGUGCCAACACCGCUGGUUUAAGGUUCUUGAUCCUGAUCUGGUUAAAGGUCCAUGGACAAAAGAGGAGGAUGAGAAGGUUAUUGAGCUGGUGAAGAAAUACGGCAACAAGCAGUGGGCCAUGGUGGCCAAGCACUUAAAGGGUCGCCUGGGGAAACAGUGCAGGGAGCGCUGGCACAACCACCUGAACCCCGACGUGAAGAAGUCUUCCUGGACUUCAGAGGAGGACCUGGUCAUCUACAAGGCCCACAGUGUGCUGGGGAACCGCUGGGCAGAGAUCGCCAAACUCCUCCCUGGAAGGACGGACAACGCCGUGAAGAACCAUUGGAACUCCACCAUCAAGCGCAAGGUGGAGAUGGGCUACUACACCGGUGUGGACACCACCAUGAAGGUGGUGCACAGGACGGAGCAGGGAGAGGUCAUCGCUCACCAUAGCAGCAGCGGCCAGCCAGUCUGUAAGGUGGAGCUGUGCUUUGAUGGCGCUAUGGACGGUGUCCAGGUGAUGGAGACUGUGCCACAGGAUGUUCCGUGUCCUGCAGUUGAAUCAGUUCCUGCUAAGCCAGAGUCACCGCCCUGCCGAAAAGGUGUGGUGACCCCCAAAAGGGACUCGGACAGUGGUGGGGAGUCGAGCACUAACUGGGUGGUGGAUAGCUCUGGAUUCCUGUCUCCUUCCUCAGCACCUGCCCUUAAGGAAGUGAUGGAGAUGAUGGAUGGGGACAUGGAGAGUUGGUGCAACCUGGCCGACGUGACCUUCGACCUCCCAGAGGAGAGCCAAAGUCCGGUUUCGGGCCCCGAGCUGCUCCAGUUCCGCCUGGAGGGCAGCACCCUGCAGGAGCUGAGCAAGAGCAGCCGUGGCGAGCUUAUCCCCAUCUCGCCCCGUGGCACCACCCCGCCCUCCAUCAUCUCCCGCCACAGCCGUCGCCGCAUUGCAGCUUCCCCUGACCCCAACGACUCCAUGACCCCCAAGAGCACUCCAGUCAAGUGCCUCCCCUUUUCACCCUCACAGUUCUUGAACAUGUGGACCAAGCAGGACACGCUGGAGAUGGAGAAUCCUUCGCUGACCUCCACCCCUGUGUGCAGCCAGAAGGCCCUCGUCACCACACCCCUGCACCGCGACAAGACGCCACUCACUCAGAAGGAGAACAACAUAUUCAUCACUCCGAAUCACAAGUCUGAUUUGGAUGCCAACCCACGCACUCCAACUCCCUUUAAAAAUGCCAUGGAGAAGUAUGGCCCUCUACGUCCACUGCCCCCUACUCCAAAUCUUGAGGACAUAAAGGAGGUUUUGCGCAAAGAGGCAGGGAUCGACUUGAUGUUGGAUGAUGACACUCCUCCUGAACACAGGCGCAAACAAGCACAACGGCCUCCGAUGAAGAAAGUGCGGAAGUCUCUGGCGCUGGACGUGAUCGACUGCAAGGAGGCUGCCAGAGCGAUGCCUCCCAAGCCCAUGCCAAAAAUGAAUCCUGAGGCUGACACGUCACUCUCUUCAUCAUUCGAUUCCUCCUCGUUUUCCUGCAAGAAAGAGGAGAACGUUCUGGAUCAGGGCUUCCUCCUUGGACCGUGUGAGAAUGCAUCAGGUUCCCUACCAGAUCCUCCAACACCGAUGUCUCAGGAAUGGGAGGAGGUUGUGUGUGGACGGACCAAGGACCAGCUGAUCCUGACACAAAAGGCCCGGCGGUUUUUGCGCUCCUUAAAAACGAACCCCCCCAACCGCGCACUCAUCCUGUCUUGAGUUCUUGUUCACUUCUGAUGUUGUCAGCUCUGUCCGACUUGAUUUUGUACUUUAUUUGGCUAUUCCCUUUAUUUUUGUUGAUGUCUAAAAUAAUCUGAAUGCAAUUUGUGAGAAAAAUAAGUAUUGCUCAAAUGACCAGUGAUGCUUUGAAUUAGCAUUGCUGUCUUAAGUCGCUCGAUCGUCUCUAGUUCAGCAUUGUUUUGUCUUUCUACUCUUAUCUGCUUUAACACGUUAUCGUGUCUGUUUUCAUACUGAUUACACCUCAAGUGCGCAUCAAAUGCACAAUACAUGUUUUCACCUCUGUGCUCAUAGAAAGCUGUAGAAGUACAAUGAAGUUCAACUUAAAAUCCAUGACCUUCCUUAAUCACUCUCCUGCAUCUGAACCUGAUGUUUGUUUGUUUAUUUUUUAAGUGAUUAUCAGUCAGAUCUACCACACUUGAAAUGAUACAGCCUCCCAAUUAUUCAUUGAGGUGUUUGGUUUUCAUCUUAGAUUGUGAAAUUUAAACAGUAAUGAAUCAGUGGCAUAGAAAGACAGGUCAGAGCUGACAUGUUUACAUGUGCUAGGAUGUUCAUAAAGCAAUAUAAUUAUCUACAAUAGAAUUGAGUUUCUUAAUAUUCCAGUGAACCCUUCUGGAAAUUGUGUAUAGAAUGUCUAAUUGAAUAGGACCUUAAACUCAGGCAGACCUGUAUGUUCAAUGUUAAGAUCAGGGUGAUGUAUCCAAAAUAUUUUUAGUGAAAUAUGUCUUUUAUGAAAAAAAGGAGAAAUGUUACAGCGUCAACUGUACUGUUAAUUUAAAUGUAGGUCCUAGAAGUAAUUAAUGAUAUUCAAUUCUGUGAGUUGUUUGUAUAAAAACAUUAAAAACGUAAUAUUUCACA